ACAUGAACGGUGCUUUUCAUACUUACUUGCUAUCUCGCAAGCGACCUACUAGAUAUUUUCCCUUAUAUUAAGAACACGGCGCACACUUCAUCCCUUAUCAGUUAUUUUUGCACAACCGAAACGUUAUCACCUUCUCAGUAUUAUUCUGACUAAUAAAUUGCGUUUGGACUAGUACUUGCCUACUGUUUUCGUCGAUUGCUACUUCUCUUUUUGAUUUUGUUGCACGAUUAUUUCACCGCCCGAGAUUGGUUUCAAAAAAUGAAGAACUCAUGGUUGCCUGUGGUACUGUCGAUUCUGGUACUUCUUGCAGCUGUCUAUCCACAAGUGCACGCAGGACCUUAUUUAGAUGAGGAUGAUUACGAUCAACUCAGUGAACAGUAUUCAGACAAUACCUUAGACCGAAUGCUACAACCUGCUCAAAAACGUUCUCGCUUAAUUUACAUUUUCAGACGCGCGUGUAUCAGAAGAGGAGGAAACUGCGAUCAUCGGCCGAACGACUGCUGCUACAACAGCUCCUGUCGCUGCAACUUAUGGGGCUCCAACUGUCGGUGUCAGCGGGUAGGACUGUUCCAGAAAUGGGGCUAAUCCCCAACAUCUAACAGGACUGCCUUACACUAGCUUUGCACUAAUUCAUUUCCAUCUCUAACGCAUACCUUUUAAGGCACUGUUCCACUAACAACAAACGCUUUCUACUCCAAAAAUAAGACAAAAUUAAUACCAAAAUUGAAGGUCAAUAAAUAGAAUAAUUUCAAUGUCAUAAACAAAAAAUACAAAUUUUGUUCAUCGGAGCGAAUUAAGGAAUUGUUGUUAACAGUUAUUAUUAUUAUUAUAAAAACGUCUUCGUUUUUUAUUGAGGGGAUGCUACAACGUUAGAAUGAUAUUAGAAGAAAGUAAUUUUAGAAUUUUGGUGUAGAAAAGCAAAAAUUUGCGAUACAGUGUCUAUUAUCAAUCUGUAACUGUGCAAAGCGAUCUAUAUUGUCGACCCUUGCUUCGGAUAUGGCUAACGGCACUUUGAACAAGUCUUAUUAUUUACCACCCAAUUGAUUUUUUAUUCGUUUGAUUUACUGGAAGGUCUAGGGAUCCAUGUUCAUCUUAUUUCGUGUGAACCCAGUGUGUACGUGUGUGUUUUAAACAAUUAGUUUGUUGUCAGUAUUUCUCCUCCGCGCAAAUGCAGUUAAGUAAAUAAACAUAUGUAUCAUACCUAUCUGAUAGGACCGGUAAUAUUUUUUUAACCGCAUCAAAAACAAAAAAGAAAUAAAGAGCUGAAUCGACUGGGCUGGUUGCUACUUACCUACUAAUUAAAUAUAUGUCUUCCUGUUAGUGAAAGUUGUCAUGAAAGAAACUGAAAAUUGUUUAAAUUGUGCCAAAAUUGAUAACGUUUCGGUAACUGGAACGCGCUUGGAGAAAACUACUCAGUAUUUAAAAAGUUUCUUCAUUUCGUAACCUUUAUACUGAAUUUAUUGAUGAUAACAGAAGAAGACAACAGAAAAAAUAAAUUUUUAUUGUUCGUUUUGAACUUUUUGAAGGAGUUGAAGAAUGAUACAAUAGUUUCAUCGUUUAAGCAUUCUAAAUUGGUUUUAACACUUUUAGGUAAAAUGGAAACUCAAAAUAACGUUAAAAUCGAUAAGAGUAAGGUUAAUAGGUAUCAUUAUUUGGUAGGUAUUCGAUUUACUGGAUCACUUUACGAACCCAGUCGAUUAAUUAUAGUAGAUACCCUUUAUUUUAAAACUGAAUCAACUUCUUCCUCAAAAUUUUUAUUUUUAGUAUUCUUUUGUGACAACUUUUACACCAAAAAUGGUAGUUUUUAAAAAGUGUUUCAAAAUUUCCAAAUUCCAAUUGCUAGCAAUGUGCCCUUUGAAUAAUAACGUCACCCAUACGAAAGGCAACCAACAUCUAAAUGAACAUAUUUUUCAAAGGUUACAUACGCUAGAAUUAUUAAAUAUCACUUGCGAGAUUAUGAACGUAUUAAGAUGUAUUUUGCAGAAAAAAAAAACACAGGGCUGCUUCAUUCUUAUAGAGAAUCACCAGCCACAUUCUGUAUGAGAAUUUAAGCCGCAAAUGCAAUUUAUUGAAAUUUUUAAUGGUACUGUGUAUAAAAAUAAUAUUCUCUAACCAUUGUUAAGUACAUAUCUGUAAAAGUGUAAACGUACCUUUAAUAAAAUGGAAGAAUCUCUUUGUAUAUUACUAAUAUAAUAAAAACAAAGACGUUAUUGACAAAUUAUAUUUAUAUGUAAUGCAAACCUAUGAAAA